CGGUGGUGCACGUUCUGCCGCCCGCGCAUCCCGCCCCGCCCGCGGCCGCACCUUGCCCCGCAUCACGCAGUCCAGGCGCAAUUCCUGCUCGCGAAGGUUUCGGGAAAGGUUGAACACCGCAUUUCGCCUCCGGUGUCUGUCUGCCUGCCUGGCUCGUGCUCCUCGGCGUCGCCCUCACCCCCAUCUCGAGGCCGCCACCCCGCCGCCAUCCUGGCUCACCCCACGACGCAAAUCUGUGUGCCGCCCCUCCCCUCCCAUAUCGCCAUCUCUCCUCCCCUCCCCGGUCACCACCCAUACCUCAGCCACCUCGGCGGUUGUGCUAGGGGCGAUGGUGGUGGAGGCUGCGGUCGCAGCUGUGUUAGUGGAGGAGAUGUGGUGGCGGCAGCUAGACAGCAUCGUGAGCGCGGUGUCGUUUGGGCUCAUGUCCAUGUUCCUUGCCAUUGCCAUCCUCGAGCACUUCCUCCGCCCCCUGGCCCACACGCUCGAGCACGCGCCGCCCCGGGGGAUCCGCCACCGCCUCCUCCUCUUCCUCAGCCGUGGCGGUGAGCGCAGCGCCGCCCCCAGUUUAGAUCUUGAGGCGGCGACGAAGCUUCAAGCCCACGCGCCCCUCGAGAUGGGGCCGAUGCGGACGCGGAUCCGAAACUGGACCAUGGGGCCGACGGGGUGGCCGCGUGGUGGGUGUGGGUCGCGCUCACCGUCUGCGUUGAUGUCGUCGGCGUCGGUCUCGCGCUCGUCGGGUUCCUCUACUGAACAAGGUUUCUAGGGAUUCCCCGGUUUCUAGGAAUUCCGUCGUCGCUUGGCGCUGCCCUGUUAUCGUAGGUGUCGCCAGCUGCCGGUCCUGUGGCCCGUGCAGGUGCAGCCAUGCCCUUCCAUGGUGUGCCACACCAGCUCUCGGAGGUGCACAAGAAGCGCACGCUCUACCAUCCCGAGUUGCCCUCUGCCUCCAGGUACGCACCUCCUCGUUACGGCGGUCGAAAUGUUCAUGAACGCGAGCUCUCAGAGGUGUAGAAGAAGCGCACGCUCAGAGGUGCAGAACAGAUACGCACCUCCUCCAGAGUAAGAAUUUUCUCUGCUUCCCGGUUAGGAAGAAACAACAUUCUGAUUUAAUCUGUAUUUUUUCCAAACAAAUUGACAUAUCUAGGAGCAUUUGUUGCAGCUUUUGAGCUCUAAUUAUUUAAAGUUCAAACAACUCAAUCUAUUUGAUUUUAAUUGUAAUUACAACGCAGUAGUAUUGUUCUAUUGUCUUAUUGUGAGUGGUUCAUGGUUCAAACUUUUUUGACGCCUUAAAAAAUUUAUAUCUCCAACUUUUUCUUUGGUGCAAAAUUUGGCCCAGUACAGACAAAAGCUUUUAUGACAUGGUUUAGUAGCCAUCUGUUUGGUAAAUAUUUGUUAUUUCCAUGUAUGGUAACCGAUUUCUCCAAAGGGAUACAUUUGUAGAACUAAUCAUUUACUCUUGAUGGUUUGUAGGCAUUUCGUUUGUUACUCAUCCAUCGGACAUGCAUUUGGUCC